CCUGAUUCAGAUCUGAUGAUGGAAGAAUAUGAAAGGACAAUAGAAAUACCGGACUCCUACUAUGGGCCUCAUCUCUCUUUCCCACUCACUGUUGCUGACACUAGUGCCCUUCUUCAGGCUUUCAAGUAUCGACAGCAACUUCAUGCUCGAUAUGUACUUCAGCUGUUGCAUGAGACCAAGAAAGUUCUUCAGCAGAUGCCAAACAUCACUCACCUGUCAACCUCCUAUGUCAAGGAAAUAACAAUCUGUGGUGAUUUGCAUGGGAAACUGGAUGAUCUUUUGCUGAUAUUCUACAAAAAUGGCCUUCCUUCAGAAGAAAAUCCCUACCUUUUCAAUGGUGACUUUGUUGACCGAGGGAAGAAUUCUGUAGAAAUACUUGUCCUCCUGUUUGCAUUUCUUGUUGUCUACCCCAACCAUUUUCAUUUGAACAGAGGGAACCAUGAAGACCACAUAAUGAAUCUUAGAUAUGGUUUCACAAAAGAAGUUAUGAAGAAGUACCGGUCCCAUGGCAAAAAAAUUGUGCGUCUUCUGCAGGAUGUUUUCAGCUGGCUUCCUCUUGCAACUAUAGUUGACAGUAAAGUUCUUAUCUUACAUGGUGGGAUCUCAGACACCACUGAUUUAAAUUUCCUGAACUUGUUUCAGAGAAACAAGCUGAAAACUCUGCUGAGACCUCUGAAGUCAAAAACGGAGAAAAAUCGUGAACCCGAGGGACCUAGUGUAAUAGAAGACUGUUCCACCCUCAGAGAAGUCAAGAAAUGCCUUUCUAGGCAGGACAUCACAAAAUCUUCAUCCGCAUCUAGUGAGAGAAAACCGAACUCUAAGGAUGUAACUGAUGCCAAACAGCACGUUGACCUUUCUGACAGAACCAGUUCUGUGGAGGUCUCGGAUCUUGAGCCCAAUGUUAGCACGUCACGCACAUCUCCAGAGCCAACCACUGAGGAGUGGAAGCAAGUGAUAGAUAUUCUGUGGAGUGAUCCUAAACCCCAAAAUGGCUGCACACCAAACAAAUAUCGAGGAGGAGGUUGCUACUUUGGACCAGAUGUUACUGCCAGGUUGCUCAAACGAUAUAAUUUGAAGAUGCUCAUCAGGUCACAUGAAUGCAAACAGGAAGGCUAUGAGAUCAGCCAUUAUGGAAAGGUUAUCACUAUUUUUUCUGCCUCUAACUACUAUGAAGAAGGAAGUAAUCGUGGGGCUUACAUCAAAUUGAAUCCAGAUCUGAUUCCCCGUUUUGUUCAAUAUCAAGUCAACCAAGGUACACGCAAAAAGACUAUUCGUCAGAGGGUGAGUACAGUUGAGCUGUCUGCCUUAAAGAGUUUACGAGAGAAACUUUACGCACACAAAUCAGAACUCAUUGCAGCUUAUAGACAGCACGAUCCAAACGAUACAGGGAAGAUUUCUCCCAGUCAAUGGGUAUUAGCCACCGAGUCUGUGCUACGCCUUGACCUCCCCUGGAGAACUCUGCGUUCUCGGCUGGUUCAUCUGGCCCAAGAUGGAAGUGUGGAAUAUCUUUCAUCUUUUGAUGCUUUAGAAAUUGAAUUACCCAUCAAAGAGGUUCAGCCAUCUUUGGUGGAAACCUUGUGUAGAUACAGAGCUGAUCUGGAGAUCAUCUUUAAUAUGAUUGACAAAGAUCACUCAGGUCUUAUCUCUAUUGAUGAGUUCCGCCAGACAUGGAAACUUUUCAACCUCCACCUGAAAAUUGAAGUAGAUGAUGAAUCUAUUGACAGCUUAGCCCGAAGCAUUGAUUUUAAUAAAGAUGGCAACAUUGACUUCAAUGAAUUUCUAGAAGCCUUUCAUGUGGUUCAUAAAUUUGAGAGUAGGAACAGCGAGUAAAGAAGCAGAAUUCACUUCUGGAAAGCUGACAAAGAGCUUCUCUGAUGUCUCAUCUUGCUAGGAAACUUCAUUACAAAAAGGCUGCUUUCUUAAUAUUGAAAUGGUGGA